CUAGUACCGUAUUUUUUUCCUAUACCCACGGUGGCGCUCUCGUACAAUCGAACAGGAAGCUGCCUGGAGAAAGGAGGAGUCGUCCACCUUGCAGUGCGGUUUUGAAUCGAUGAUCCCUCAUUGCACUUGGUUGAGCUGGAUUCAGGGUUUGUGGUUGAUGUUGGCUUGCUGGCGGUGGUGUAGGCUUCACCACUGUAGUUAUGGAGGAUGAUCCGCAGGCGCAGAUCUUUGCGGUGGAGAGUGCCUUCUACAGCAAUUGCCUGCUUCUGGGGUAUGAUGCUGCGAAGACAGGGGUAGAACUCGCACGUCACAUGUUCCGCCACUCCAACCCUAAAGGUGGAGAAGCUGUGCUGUACUUCCUGCUGUCAUGCAUUCGGCCCCUGCAAUUUCAAAAGGACUUCCAUGGAGUAUGGCCAAUCUUUGACGCAAGACAAGCUCGUGACUUCCGCAAGGUUGUACAGAACUUGCUGGCUGAACUGGAGGCAUCCAAAGACCUUCCACGCAGCAACUCACGACUUUCCUCUCUGGCAACAUGCUGCGGCGAACGGUUCAUCGAGUUGGUCUGGCAGCUCUCGGCGCACGCGCUAAGGGAAGUGCUUCUGCGGAUGUCUGACGUUCGUCAGGCGCAAGUCCCUGUCCCAUUGACCGAGGUAGCACAGCAAGCCGAGUAUGCCUCGGCUCUCUUACCCAUUACAAAGGCUCGCAUUGCGUUGCAGCGCAAAAAGUUUCUGACCUCCGCAGCAGCGGCUGUGGAGCGCCAGGACGAGUGGGCCGGCCUAGCAGACGAGAUCACAGCAGAGCACAGGGCCCUCACAGCAGAGCAGGCGUUACUUCAGCAGCAACUCCAAGCAGCAUGGCUGGCUGCCACGGGGGGCCUUGCCUCUACCGUUAAUGAGAAGGUGAAGCUGACAGUGAGGGCCAAGGAGGUGAAGUUGGCAACCGGCCUCUGGGCGUCCCUGAUGAAACACACCGAGGAGAGCCAGAGAAUGACGUCAGGUCAUCUGCAAGAUGUGUUGACACUGCGGGAGCAUAGGUAUCGCAUCGAUGGCGCCGCUCUCCGAGAAGCCAUGCAGUCCAGCGACCAAGCUCAGCCCUCCGAUUUCGCUCGCCGGAACGACCCUUCCGCCACCGGACGUCCGGAACACGAUACAGUCGGACACGUGGCUGGCGUCCGAAAAGUUGCGGCGGAGCCUUUGGACGUGGUGGACAUGCUGCAAAGCUGGACGGGUGCGCUGCAGGCGUCGCAACAACAGCUGCAGCAGGGCAAUGGCGUCGGUCCGAUCAUCAGCGACGGCGAGGGCAGUCACGGCCAAGCACUGGAGAAUGCCCUGGCCGAGCACAAGAAGCACCUCGCAAAUUUGCAGGCUCUUGUUUCUGCCCUGAAAGAGCAGACACCGAAGUCGGAGAGCACCGUGGACCUUCUGCGGGAGCAAGUGGCAGAGGCCAUGGCCGAGUCGUCGCAGGCGGGCGGUCCCCUAAGCGAACCCCCCUUCACUCCGGGUCGCAGACCGGGCGCACGCCUUCCGGACGAACGCUCCAAAAGCGCCCGGUUGCAGCUUGUACCGCCCACGCCUGCUAUGAAGCUCGGGGGCAGACAGCCGUCGGGAAAAGUUGCUCCGGGCUCGCUGAGUUCCCUCGAUGAAGCUGGUAAUGACCAAGAGGACAAGGAGGCGAACGAUUCGGAAGGGGCGAAAGGAAGGAGCCGGGUCGGGACUCGAAUGCUCGGGAGCCUUUUCGAAAGCGAACCGGGCGCUUCAGGGAAUCUGCAGAACGUCGACGAGUUGAGGCGUUCGAUUCGGCAUGCGGCGGCGGCCCGGCAGGAGGAGAGACACGUGGCAGCAGCUGCGCCGAUGACAGCUGGCAGCCGCAACCAGCCGUUCGUGACCCCCGCCGCGGCGCUGCACAGCUUCAAAACCCCGCGCUUUGGAAGCGCGGUGACCGGUAGUUCGCGACCCGGGGUGGUGGCUCGGCUGGACAUGGACAGGGGAGUGCCCGGAGGGAGAGCAACCGGGCAGUCUAGCGCAAGGGGCAUGCCGCCGCCUAGAGACGUAACAACCGGGCGGCUAAGAAACAGACCGGUGGGUUCAGCUCAGCCGCACCAGGAACUAGGUCGAGCGGGAAAAGCGCAGGUUUUGCGGAGAGAUGAAAACGAUGCCCGCAAAAACAGCAGUAGCAUUGCGCUCGAAUCCAGCGGGGCGCAAGCGGCUGAGAGCUUCCCGCAGCAGCGAGGGGGCCCAGCGUGGAGUUCUGCGGAUGAUGACGUCAUGUCCGAGCGGCCGAGGAGCGCCCCGUUCCGCCCCGCGGGUCAGCCGGUUGUUUCUCAAGCGGAGCACGGCUUCGACGAGGACCGGUCGUCCGAGUAUUCGGGGUUAGACACCGGUUUAGGGCAAGGGUUAGAUGACCGGGGCUUCGAUGGCUCGGGUCGGAGGCCUCGGGAAAGCAGCGCGAGCCGGCAGUCGGUGUCCGGGUGGCCGCCAGAGCGCGUUUUGUCGCCGCCGCUGCAGUUGGAGGUGGAUAUGGCGGGAGAUGACCCGGAUGACAUCUUCGAUCUUCUAGCUCCUCUGAAAGCUCAAGACCUGAACUUCUACAGUCCACGCGGCGCACAACAGACUGGGCGCUCGUCGCCCUCUGGUCCGUAGACACCACACUUGACGUCCUGGGAACUUUCGAGCAAGAACCUGUACUUUGAACGCAAUGAUCAUCGCAAGAGGUCUAAGCACACAGUGCAAGCUCUUCAGGCUGUUGAAUGCUGGACUUUCG